AGACGAUGAAGCGAAGGUGCCAUCAUCUUCCUCAUUUCUCAUGUGUUAAUUUCAGUCACACCUCAACAUCAUCACUGACUCUGACUGUGUAUUUAAGGCAGCUGUGCUUCUGCUGUCUCUAUAACACAAGACCAGCUUCACACCAUGUUUGUUCUGGGUCUGCUCACCUGUAUUGUGCUGAGAGCAUUCAGUGCUCAGGCAGAAGUGGUCGAGACCUUUGAUGAGUGUAGCAAGUUUUUCUACAAAGAAACAGAACCAGAAGGAAUGGAUCAGAAUGCCAAGAAAAUCUGAGUUUGGAGGAUGGAAUAAAAACUUCCCACAGCUCCUUCUUCGGUUCCUACUCUGUACUCGGUUCCUCACCGGAUUCCCCUCUACAGCGCCUACACACUGAAACGGUCAUGCUCAGACACUACUGGAAGGACAGACAAGUGGCACUUAGAGCCACAGAUUUCUGAACCCAAAUCCACAAUUGAUUAUAUGGUCCCUGAGAAUCAAAAGAAUCAAGAUACUUAUAAAGAAAAUCAAGCCAUUAGCAGCGACUACAGAGACGCUGGAUAUGAUCGAGGACAACUGAACCCCAACAGCUUGCAAUGUGAUGACGGCCGUAAAGCAACAUUUACACUGACCAAUGCAGCACCUUUGGACUCAUGUUUCAACCGUAUCCAGUGGAAGAACUGGGAGAGCACUUUGAAGAGUUUUCUGACAAAGAAGCUCAACAGUGAUUUUGCAGUAGCCUACAUUGUCACGGGUACAGUACCUGAUGCAAAUAAACGAAUACCACAGAGGGAAAAACCUGAGGACUCUAACAGGGUGACGGUGCCCUCUCACAUCUGGACGGCUGUCUGCUAUAAACACCACAAUGAUAGCAAGUCUUUUUCCUUCGGCUAUAUAGGAGAAAACCUGCCGGGAGGUAAAGUAAACCUGACGAGUGUCUCACAGAUGAACAAUCGGCUCAAUCAACUCUAUAAGCUCUCAAAUACUACGAUCUUUGUGGAUGAUUGUUUUAAGGACAAUAAUAAAUUAAAGGAGGUUAAGAAAGCAUUUCAGAAAUUAACCGGUCUGACAGCGACCUCAGAUGUGCAGAAAACGUAUGAUGCGCUCAAAACAGUCAGAACUAAUGGAGAGGAUGUCAAGGUGACUGACAUGAGUUUAAAAUUAUCCUUCGGCAGUUUGAGCUCUUAUUCCACUAUGGCAGAAGAGCUGAAGAAUUCUACUGAAAGUGCUUGUUUUAUAACUAAUUACAGAAAAGAAUCUAUUGAAUGCCAGUUGGACUCAAAGAAGCGCAUACGGUGAGGACUACUACUGGUGUAACACCAUCUCUGACAGCUGGGAUUACUGCAGUCCUCCACUGUGGAGAAGUAAGGCUAUAAAUGGGCAGUACUGCAGCAGCAACAGCGCCUGUGCCAAAUAUGGUUCAAGAUAUAGGUGGUGCUACACAGAUUAUGAAGGCAAUUAUGAUCAGUGCUGUAAUUCUGAUGACUUCUACUCAGCUGUGAGUGGCAAAACCUGCAAGGCUAAUCACCCCUGUGGCAAACAUGGUGAAAAAUACCUGUGGUGCUGGACCACUGAUGGCAGCUGGGAUCAUUGCUGCACUCAAAUUCUUAGUGUGGGAGUAGGACCGGUAGUAUUGUCUACAACUAAUUAAUCAUUUGAUUGUUAAUCAUACAUAUAGGGAUCUAUACAAAGUAUUUUACAGUAUUAUAAAACUAUAAAAUACAAAACAGUAAAGUAUUUUGAUACAAAAUACAAAACCAUUUUC